CUGCGCCCAACCGAUAAAUCAUAGUUUUCUUUCAGUACCCCAAUAACCACUUUACCUCUUGUCCCCUUACUUUAGUUCUUUACACUUAGAAAAGAAGUGUUUGCAAGCAGUGCCUGCAGGUGACUAAACAUCGCUCAGUUGAUUGCUGGCUAAUGAUCAAGGAACGGAGAAUAUGUGGUGAUGUAACUGAGAAAGCCAUGUUGUCCAUUCCGCUGGAAGAAGCCCGGAUCGAGUCGAUUCCCGAAAGUGCGUAUUAUAUUCCUGACUUUAUAACACAGGAUGAAGAAGAGCGGUUGCUUCAAAAGAUCAUAUCUGUUCCCAUUCCGCGCUGGACACAUCUUUCCCGGCGACGUCUUCAAACAUGGCCAUGCGCAUUGAGCAGGUCCAACACACUCCUAGCCUCUGCCCUCCCACAAUGGCUGAUUUCGCCUAUUAUUUCCCGUUUUACGGAGCUUGGAAUAUUUAGAGAUUCACCCCACAAGGCCGCUAAUCAUGUUCUCAUUAACGAGUACCAGCCUGGCCAAGGCAUCAUGCCUCACGAAGACGGAGCUGCCUACUAUCCAGUAGUGGCAACUGUGAGCUUGGGAGCGCCGAUAGUGUUGGAGAUGAGUGAGAAAACAGCCAAACGCGAGCACAAGGGGCUUGAAGUGUCUGAGCAAACAACAGCAUCGCAGCUUAGAAUAUUGCAAGAAAGACGAAGUUUGUUGGUGACGACAGGGAAAUUGUACACGGAUUACUUGCAUGGCAUUGAAGAGCGGAUGAUAGAUGCGGAUUUGAAUUCAGAAACUAUUUGUAACUGGGAAUUGCUGGGGGAUAAAGAAGCGUUUGCCGCUGGCAGUUAUGCAAGGGAGACUAGAAUAAGCCUAACGUAUCGAGACGUGCUUAAAGUCUCGAAGUUGGGCAAUAGCAUGAAUUUUUUUGGUAGCAAAUAAUAACCAGCAAGGACAUCCUUUUAAGUUUAAAAAAAUUUGAGUUUAACGUAGCUUUCUGUUCUGAAUAAAUGACUUGUCUAGUUUCUAUUCGUAAAAACUAGUAGGUGACCA